AUUUAAGGACCAUCUUAGUGGCCACCAUGAGCUGACAUGAACAUCUUCACUAAGGUCCCCGGACUAGCCCAACAAACCAGCAAGCUGGGGUCUGUGCUCCAACGUGCCUUCUACGGGUCCAGUGGGAGGGUGACCCUUUUCGAGCAGAGGAACUUUGCAGGUCGGCGACUGGACCUGACCUCUGACUGUCAGAAACUGAGUGAUAAAAACUUUCCCGACAGAUGCAACUCUGUCCAGGUGGAGAGUGGAGCAUGGGUAGGAUACGAACAUGAGAACUUCCGAGGGCGUCAGUACCUGUGGGACAUGUCUGAACGGGGGGAGUACAAUUGCACUGAUAAGUGGUGUGCUCAGGGUGACCAUAUCUCCUCUGUUCGUGCUGUGAAACAGGACAACAACACUGCCCGUGCACAGCUGUUUGAGAGGGCAGGUUUCUCAGGCAAGAAGACAGAGCUCCACGAUGACAUCCCCAACCUGAUGAGCCGUCACAGCCUAAACAGGGUGUCCUCCAUCAGAGUAAUGGGCGGAACCUGGGUGGCGUACCAGGAGCCGAACUACAGAGGAGCCCAUUACGUCCUAGAAAAGAAGGACUACAACAACUUCUCUGAUUGGGGUGCUCAAAACAGCACCGUUGGCUCAAUUCGCCGCGUCCGCUUCAGCUAAGCAAAAUCACCUGAAAAACACCCACACCCGUCAGCUCUUUAUACAAAAAUAUGCCAGCUCCAAGUGAAACAAACCCUACAGAAGACCUAUUUUAGUAAUAAACUGAUGAAAAAGACAAA